AUGGAAAGAAGCGACUCGCAGUCCAGCAGUUGCACCGUCGGCAGUAGCUAUACUAUCAGUACAGGCCUUUCGGCCUACUCGACUUACUCGGGCUACACCUCGGCCACGGACUCCUCGCCCCUCGAGUUGCCCGUCUGCGACGAUGGCACCUACGAGAAGACCGCGUCGUCGUCGUCGUACCCGGAUCCAUCCACCUAUUACGAACAUGCCGAUGCCAAUCAUGUAUUGUCGGCUACCGGGUCGCAGUAUCAGUACAGCUCCCUCCAGAACUCACAGGCGCUGCAGCUCUCGACGCCCUUUCAUCCCCUCGGCACACAAGAAGGCAACGAGGAGGCGGCCUGGCAGGCUACUUUAACCGCAACCUCCUUGAUCAUCGACAGGCGAGCUUUCGAGGACGACGGGCCAGCCGGUAUCACCUCGGUAGUUGUUGAGGCCUCAGUACAACGAUUCCUAGCCUACAACAUUGAAGAACCUGUUCGACCAGCGAUCCAAGAAGUUUUGUAUCAACAGCUGCGUCCUUUGUUUAAUAACCGUGACUAUCACCACCUCAGCAUCAUCCGACUUUUGGAGGAGGCUGCCUACCAACUCCAGAUACGGCUCCAGGAUCCCAAAGUUUUGGAUGUCUCCUUUUGGGCGAUCGCCACUGUCCUCCACAGGCUGUCUAGGGAGGAAUUGGAAGAACAUGAUGGCCACGACGCCAUCCAGAACCGGAAAAGCAGCGAUGCCAUCCCCCACAGCAACGACGGCUGGAAUAUCAUUGAUUUGAGUGUGUCACGGGAUCACCUUGCAACCCCUGAUGCAACCCAGGCCCAACCCUCUCUGUCAUCGUCCCCCAACGAAAAAGAAAAAUUCCCCUGCCCCAUCCCAGGCUGUCUCAAGGUCGCUAGCCGGCUUGCCGAUGUCGACCGCCACGUUCGUAUGACCCAUGUCGCCGAGGCUGAGCGCAAGAAGUAUUUCUGCGACUACAAGAGGUGUGCGAGGCACACGGAUCCCUUCUUUCGCCCAGACCAUUUUCGAGAUCACCUGCGCGGGUUCCACAUGGAGGAUCUGCUCAAGCGCAGCGUUCGGGUGGAUCGCAGGUGGUGGGCCACACGCGCCAUGAUGGAGUGGUGGUGGCGGUGCAAUCGAUGCUUUAUGAGGGUGGUGUCAGAGGAGAGUGGGUAUGUGUGCUCAGGAUGUGGGAAUGCGUGCGAGAAGGAGAGGCAGAUACGCCGGGCACGCCUGACGAGCCGAUCAUGA